UAUGCGUCGGGUUUUAACUUCGGCGACGACGACGACUCGGAUGAGUUCACCGACACUGAGGACGAGGACGUGUUGGACGGCUCGCUCGAGACGGCGAACAUCACCUGCAAUGAGACGUUCACAGCGGACAGGGGAUACAUCAAAAGUCCCAACUACCCCAACCCCUACCCCAAUAAGAUCACCUGCGACUGGUCCAUAACGGUGGCGGACGACAUGCAUGUCUUACUCACACUAAAGGAUGUCCACAUGAGAGCCUUUGACAAGAUCUACGUGCACGAUGGCCAGGGAUUAAGCAGCAAAGUAAUGACCUAUUAUAGGCGCUACCAGGGUAAUAAGAAUAUCGUGUCGUCCACUAAUCACAUGUUUAUCCGAUUUAUUGCGGACACACAUUAUUACACGAAAAUGGGAACUCCUUUCGCCUUAAAAUAUUCAGCCGAGAAGUACGGCUGCGAUUUAGUGUUGAAUGAGACCCAGGGUGUGAUCCACAGCCCGGGCUACCCGUCCGGCUAUUCCGAGAAUAUGGUGUGCGAGUGGACCAUAUCGGUGGCCAACGACCAGAAUAUAAUUGUCAUGUUUGACGACUUCCAGACAGCCCUGGACUUGGAUUUCCUCUAUUUCCUCAACCAUAACAAGAAGAUCAGUGGAGACGUCAUUCCCUCUAACUUCAUGUCCCACUCCAAUAAACUUCGCAUACGGUUUACCACCCAUUCCCAGAUCAAUCGUAUUAUGAACCGGGGGUUUAAAUUUUAUUACAAGACUAAAGAGUGGGGUAAGUGUGUCUGA